AUGGCGGCGGCGGCCGCUCCGUGCAUCAAAGGCGGCUCUUUGAUGGUCAACGGGGAGACGCUGUUGACUCGUGUCCCGUCAAACGUCGCCGUUUUCCCGGUGACUGACAGCUCAUCUUGUUCUUCCUCCUCUGCUGCGUUUCUUGGUGCCAGCUCGAGUGUCCCCAGCUCAAGACAUGUUUUUGGUCUUGGGGUUCUCAAAGAAUAUAGGUAUAUGUGUCUCUUCAGACAUAAAAUUUGGUGGAUGAUACCUCGUUUCGGAAGUUCGGGAAGAGAUAUUCCCAUGGAAACACAAAUGCUGCUAUUGGAAGUUAGGCUAGAGUCUGUUGCGGUGUGUGAUGAUAAUUUAUCAGUAAAAAAUGGCCACAACACUUUCUAUGUUUUGUUGUUGCCCGUUUUAGAAGGACAGUUUAGGGCUUCGUUGCAAGGUAAUUCAGCUAAUGAGCUCGAGUUCUGCGUUGAAAGUGGGGACACCCAUGUUCAAACCUCGGAGGUAUCAGAAUCGGUCUUUGUAAAUUCGGGGAACAACCCGUUUGAGCUCAUUACAGAUUCUUUCAGGAUAAUUGAGCAGCACAAAGGCACAUUUACUCAUAUUAAACAUAAAAAGAACCCUAGUCAUUUAGAUUGGUUUGGUUGGUGUACGUGGGAUGCUUUCUAUAAAGAUGUUAAUCCACGGGGCAUUAGAGAUGGUAUUGAAAGUUUUAUUGAAGGAGGUUGUCCACCAAAGUUUGUGAUUAUCGAUGAUGGAUGGCAAGAUACAUUUAAUGAGUUCCAAAAGCAAGGAGAACCUUUUAUAGAAGGGACACAAUUCGCGAGUAGAUUAAUCGAUAUCAGUGAAUGCUCCAAGUUCAUGGACUUUGGUGACGAAGAUAGUAACUGUCGUGACCUGCAUGACCUCGUCCAAAUGAUCAAGGAAAAAUAUGGUGUCAAAUUUGUAUACGUGUGGCAUGCGUUGAUUGGUUAUUGGGGUGGGCUCCUUCCUUCAUCCGAGAAAAUGAAGAAGUACAAUCCCAAGAUAACAUAUCCCAUACAAUCUCCUGGCAACGUAGGAAACACACGGGACAUAGCCAUGGAUAGCUUAGAAAAAUACGGAGUUGGUCUUAUAGAUCCCGAUAAAAUUUUUGAUUUUUACAAUGAUCUCCACAGCUACCUCUCGGGCAUCGGCAUUGAUGGAGUAAAAGUAGACGUCCAAAAUCUCAUCGAGACGCUCGGAACGGGCCAUGGCGGUCGGGUUUCUCUCACUAGACGAUACCAAGGAGCACUUGAGGAGUCUGUUGCAAGAAAUUUCAAGGAGAGUAACUUGAUAUGUUGCAUGAGUCAUAAUUCUGAUUCGAUUUACAGCUCAAAGAGAAGUGCCACCUCAAGAGCAUCCGAAGAUUUCAUGCCCUGGGAACAUAAAUUUCAGACAUUGCAUGUUGCCUCUGUGGCCUUCAAUAGUCUUCUAUUGGGGGAGAUUGUUGUGCCUGAUUGGGACAUGUUUCAGAGUGAUCAUUACGCUGCAGAAUUCCAUGGCGCAGCACGAGCUGUGGGCGGAUGCCCUGUGUAUGUGAGUGACAAGCCGGGCAAGCAUGAUUUCAAGUUACUCAAGAAGUUAGUAUUGCCUGAUGGGUCCAUACUGAGAGCCAAAUAUGCUGGUCGGCCCACUCGUGACUGCUUAUUUGUGGACACAGUAAUGGACGGGAAAAGCUUAAUGAAAAUAUGGAACGUGAACAAAUUUUCUGGAUUAGUCGGAGUUUUCAACUGCCAAGGAGCUGGAAAUUGGCCGUUGAGAGAUGGGCCGCCACAUGAUUCCGAUUCAUCCUCUGAGUCAUCAGUUUUAUCGGGCCGUGUUAGUCCUGAGGACAUUGAUUUUCUUCAACAAGUAGCUGACGAAAGCUGGAAUGGGGAUUGUGCUGUCUAUGCUUUCCAUUCUGGUUCCCUUUCCCGAUUGUCGAAAGAAGAAGCCGUUGAAGUUGUGUUAGGCACUCUCGAAUGUGAAAUAUUCACAAUCUCCCCAAUAAGGGUUUUCAACGAACUAGUCGAUUUUGCUCCGAUUGGACUGAUCGACAUGUUCAACUCGGGUGGCGCUAUCGAAGGUGUGAGCUUCAUAAACGAGCCUUUCAAGAGCACGGUGAGAAUAAAAGCACGUGGCUCUGGUGCCUUUGGCGCUUACUCAAGUGAAAAACCAAUUUACUGUGCAGUGAACGGAGAGAAAGAGGAAUUUGAAUACAAUUCGGAUAAAAGGUUGUUGAUAAUUAAACUCGAGGGUGAAUGCGGUGUUGGGGAUAUUUAUCUGGGAUAUCAAUUCUGA